AUGUCCACAUUUUUCCAUGGGACCUACCUCCACGGCGCUCCAGCCCCUGUGUCUUGUUCAACGGUACUGCCACACUUCAGACCACUCGGUAUCCACCGACCAACAGCUACGCGGUCUGGAACUUUCACUGCUGUCCUGGACCCUCUCAAAUUCUCCCAUCAGCUGGCCAGCAUCGUCAACAUUGUCAUCCACGGGACACAGGGCAUUGAACGGGUGUCAGCCCCCGAGCACCCGCCAUUUUGCUACCACCAGCAUAGCUCCUCAGAUUUAUACCACGAGAGAUAG